AUGGAUCCUUUAUUCAAUUUCACCAAUGCGCCAAAUUGGACCAGCAGCUCCAACGACACCAGUAACGGGACCGCGGACUGGAACCAGUUUGUGCAGCCGGUCUGGAGAAUUGUGCUCUGGGCCAUUGCGUACAGCUGUAUAGUCAUUGUGUCCGUGGUCGGCAAUCUCACAGUGAUCUGGAUUAUUAUGGCGCAUAAACGCAUGAGGACUGUCACCAAUUAUUUUCUACUGAACCUGGCGUUCGCGGAAGCCUCCAUGUCCGCCUUCAACACGGUGAUCAACUUCACGUACGCGGUGCACAACGAGUGGUACUUCGGACUGGUCUACUGCCGCUUUCACAACUUCUUCCCCAUCGCCGCCGUCUUCGCCAGCAUUUACUCGAUGACUGCCAUCGCUCUGGACAGGUACAUGGCCAUCAUCCACCCUCUGCAGCAGCGCAUGUCCUCCACAGAGACCAAGGUGGUGGUGGCAGUGAUCUGGGUGCUGGCUCUGCUCCUGGCAUUCCCCCAGUACUACUACUCCAACACGGACCAGCUCCCCGGCCGGGUGGUGUGCUACAUCGACUGGCCCGAGUACACGGUGUACGACUUCAAAAAGCUGUACUAUGUGUGCGUGGCCAUCCUGAUCUAUUUCCUUCCUCUACUGGUGAUGGGUUGUGCUUACCUGGUGGUGGGACUGACUCUCUGGGCCAGCGAAAUCCCCGGAGACUCCUCUGACCGCUACAAGGAGCAGCUUACCGCCAAACGCAAGGUGGUGAAGAUGAUGAUCGUGGUGGUGUGUACGUUUGCCAUCUGCUGGCUUCCCUACCACGUCUUCUUCCUGCUGCACCAGGUCUUUCCUGCCAUGUUUGAAGAAAGGUUUAUCCAGCAGGUUUACCUGGCCAUCAUGUGGCUGGCUAUGAGCUCCACCAUGUACAACCCCAUCAUCUACUGCUGCCUCAACGACAGGUUUCGUGCUGGUUUUAAGCAAGCCUUCCGCUUCUGCCCGUGUGUCCCUCGAGGCUCUUAUGAUGGCCUGGAACUCAAGUCCACUCGCUACCUUCAGACCCAGACGAGCGUUUACAAGGCCAGCCGGAUGGAGACCACUGUGUCCACUGUGCUCCAGGUUGGGGAUGACAUGCAGCAGCCCACGGUCAAGGCAAUAGCAGCUCCACAACCUGUUGGGACUGCAGUCGGAGCAGGACCACAUAGCUCCUCCCUGGACCUCACCUCCAACGGGUCAUCGUCCCGGAGCGUCUCCAAAACCGUAUCGGAGACGUCCAGUUUCUACUCGGGUAACAACCUGCCGGAAUAG